AUGGCCAAAGGCGAGGAAUCCUCAUCUAUGGCCCCAUCCAAGAAGAAACGACCAGAAGAUGACCCGAUGACUGAGGAUGCAGCGGCAAAGCCCCUCCAGUUGCAGCGGAGGCGGGUCUGGCGUGCCUGUGAGAGCUGCAGGCGCAAGAAGAUCAAGUGUGAUGGGUGCGAGCCAACAUGCUCUCAGUGUGCAACGUCGGGUUCCCAGUGUACUUGGUUGCAGACCAAAGAUAGGGCCGCGUUGAGCAGACACUACGUCCAGGAAUUGGAAGCCCGAUUGCUUCACAUGGAGUCGCUCUUCUCUCAAAUCGCCCCCGCCCUCGAGCAGCACAUGCCAACGGCCCCUUCCCCUAAUGGCUCUGCACCAGCCACUCUUCCUGAAUCCAUAAAUCCAGAAGCUCUGUCACCUGCUGCGGCCUUGUUGCGUUCUAUUGCCCCAAAGGUUUCACCGCCGGAAUCAUCUUCUACCCCUUCGCCCAUUGCCAAAUCAGAAGAUGAGGUCAGCGAGCUGUUUGGACAGCUUGCCCUUGAUGAAUAUGGCCACAUGCGAUGGAUUGGAGGGUCAUCCACCAUGUCUCUUAUCCAAUCCUUUAGAGCGCUCACCUCAUCUCCUCUGCAUCGAAUAUCGCCUAUGGAAGAAGAUCCUCAAGCUCCCGGCCCAAGCGUAAAUAAACUCUAUUUUCCUGCAUCUGUGUUUUUUGGCAAAAUACACGCACUACCCGGUCCCGAGGAAGUUGAAUUCCCUGACCGCGAUCUAGCAGAAAAACUUGUUGCAGCAUAUUUUUCGCGGUUCCAUUUCCUCAUGCCUGUCGUCGACAAGCCUUAUUUUCUUCGGAAGUUUGCGCACAUCAUGGAUAAUCAACAUGACCUUGAUGUCAUUCGCGCCGAGACCGCUUUUCUUUCUCUAGUUUUUGCCGUCUUUGCUUGUGCAGCCAACUUAGUCUCAGACUCCCGUUUGGCGACAGAGCGUCAUGAUGAUGGUGGAAUGGGGAUGGUCUAUUAUGAACGGGCUCUUAUUCUGCAGUACAUCAGUCACCCGAACAUUCAAGUCGCCCAUGUUCAAUGCUUCAUUUUGAUGUCAUCCUUCUUAUGCUCGGUCAAUUGCCUUCCCCAAGCAUGGAUUUUGAUUGGUCAGGCUGUUCGGGCCGGACAGGACUUAGGGCUACAUCGCUCACCUCGGCGCCUUGCUGUAUCUCCUGUCGAGAAAGAGACACGACGGAAGAUAUGGUGGGGUGUGUAUACUCUGGACCGCAUGCUGGCUCUUGCCCUUGGCCGACCGCUUGGUAUCAACGAUUCCGAUUGCGAUGCUGAGCUCCCAGUAGAAAUCGAUGAUGAACAUCUCCCCGAAUAUUUCACAGGAGCCCCAAUGACGCAACGGCAACCCUCACUUAUGACGGGCACUGUCGCACUCAUCAAACUUUACGAAAUUGGAGGUCGCGUGCUGAGACAAGUUUACGCACUUGAUGUAUGCAAAGAUCACCUAGAACCAGAACGCAAGGCAGACCUUCAGAAGACUGUGGAAUCCCUUGACGCAGAACUGACGAAGUGGUGCGACGAAUUACCUGCGGUCUUCAAGUCUCAAUCGGAAACCGAAGAGCAGGUGUCUAUGGGCGCCGUGCUCUGCAGCCAUUACUACUCGGUUCUCACAACCCUUCAUCGCAACCUUUUGCCAGUAAAACGGGAUCAGCCCGUCACACCGAAAUCAACUGUCAAGGCUGUUUCUUCAGCCCGCUCUUGCAUUCGGCUUGCGCCUUCUAUGAAACAUGUUGUACCGCCUUCCCAUCAUCUGGCGUUCUUUAUCCAACAUCUAUUUAGCUCAGCGGUGAUUGUUUUGUUGUAUGCAAUGCAUGCUUCAGAGCAACGUGCUGCUAAUGCUGCCAUGGAAGAAGCAAAGAGCACUCUGACAGCAUUAGAGUCGUGGGAGGGACAAUGGCCAGGAGCUCGCAAAUGUAAAGAGCUUCUCACUGAUCUUAUCAAUACUGCAACCGAAGCUAUAGCAAAAGGACCCAAAGAUCGGUCUGGAGGGCAAACAAACUCACAAGCUGCAGUGCCUACGUCUGCUCACGCUAUGCCUACAACUACGCCCACAACAUCCUCACAUGAACGUCGCCGCUCUGUGACUAUUGCGACGGGUUCAACAGGAGGUCCUUCUACGGGCCGGGUUGUCAAAGGAAGAUCGAGAAGGACCCUGUCUCGUGAUACUGCUGGUACUGGCUCAAACAGGCGUUUGGCAGCUGUAUCUCCCUAUCGAGUAGAUGGCGGUCAGAGGGCAAGAUCCUCUUCCCGCAAGCGCGGCCACGACGACACAGACGCCCUUGAUCGAUCAGGCCCUAGCCCAUAUUAUCAAUCGUUUUCAAGUCCGGCAGCAGCUCCUCGGGCAGGUUCCAGUACUCACAGCUCCCCAGCAUCCGUCAAUUUACCGUCACCGGCAACGACUCCUGCUCAUGCUGCUUCAGAUCAAACGCAGAACCAGGACCCUAGCCCUCGACUAUCUGCCAACGCGAACACCUAUCACUUCACUUCGCCUCUAUCACCUGCGCAACUACCGUCUCCCCAUCGAUAUGAAUUUGAAUUUGGAGUCCAGCCUAGUGCUUUGAGCCAAUCUAAUCUUCAGCAGUGGAAUGGAAAUAGCGAUCAGCAAAUGUUUGGUUCUAAUUCUCCAGAUCAAUCUCUUUAUGGCAAUUCAUUUGGCAAUUACACUUCUGGCCUUGAAGGUUAUGGGGCUUAUGAUCUCAAUGCCGACCUAAACGGUGGAAUGGGUGGCUUGUCAACUACACCGCCGUCGUCUACUUUUGCUGCUGUCGGUCUACCCUUUCGCGGCCUCGACUAUAUACGAAAUUACAAUCCCAGUGGAUAUGGGACUGCCGAACAAGAUUCAUUAUGGCAGGUUUACGAUCCAGGAGCGUUUGGGUAUGACCCAGACCUACCUUUUACCCUUGGCGAUACCCAUCACGAGCUUCACGAUACUGUGCAUCACCAGACCUGA